AUGGUUUCCUUCGAAGUCGGCUUGGGUGGCCUGGCUUGGGAUCCCGACCGUGGCUGCAGCGACCCCGUGGCGACUUCUCCGGUGAAUUGGCCCGGCGGAUCUGGACCUGACGAGGACAGGGUCUGGCGCAGCGGAUCUGUGAGGUGGUGUAGUGCUCCGGUAGAGGUGACGUGUGGCGAAGAAUCCAUCAGACGUUUCCCUGACUUUUUGCUGCUCGCUAGGGGAGGGCGGUGGUGA